AUGUCCACCAACGCCACCACCCCAAACGCCUUCUUCACCACACCGACCAAAACCCCAUCGGGAAAAUCUCACUCUCGAAAGCACCCCCACCCAAGUUUCACAGCCGAAAACGACAUGUCGUCGUCUUCGUUGGUCUCCCUCUCCAACUCCAAGUCCCGGUUCGAGGCCUACAAUCGCCUCCAAGCGGCCACGGUGGCCUUCGGAGAGAAGCUCCCAAUCCCGGAGAUCGUCGCCCUCGGAGGCCAAUCGGACGGCAAGAGCUCGCUCCUCGAAGCACUCCUCGGCUUUCGCUUCAAUGUCCGCGAAGUCGAGAUGGGCACUCGCAGACCUCUCAUUCUCCAAAUGGUCCACGACGCCACCGCUCUCGAGCCACGCUGCCGAUUCCAGGAGGAGGAUUCUGAAGAAUAUGGAAGCCCAGUUGUUUUGCCAUCUGCCAUUGCAGAUAUUAUUAAGUCCCGAACUGAGACACUUUUGAAGAAAACUAAAAGUGCAGUUUCUUCAAAGCCUAUUGUUAUGAGAGCAGAAUAUGCACACUGCCCAAACCUCACCAUUAUAGAUACUCCAGGCUUUGUUCUUAAGGCGAAGAAAGGAGAGCCUGAGAGAACACCUGAAGAAAUUCUUUCUAUGGUGAAAUCACUGGCUAGUCCUCCACAUCGUAUCCUCCUGUUUCUUCAACAGAGUAGUGUGGAGUGGUGUUCAUCUUUGUGGUUGGACGCUAUUCGGGAUAUUGAUCCAACUUUUAGACGGACAAUUAUCGUGGUCUCCAAGUUUGAUAAUCGUUUAAAGGAGUUUAGUGACCGGUGGGAAGUGGACCGGUAUUUGAGUGCAAGUGGUUAUCUUGGCGAUAACACUCACCCAUUCUUUGUUGCACUGCCAAAGGAUAGGAAUACAAUUUCAAAUGACGAAUUCCGCAGGCAGAUAUCUCAAGUAGACUCUGAAGUUCUCCGUCAUCUGCGUGAGGGUGUUAAGGGAGGCUUUGAUGAAGAAAAGUUCAGACCGUAUAUUGGAUUUAGUUGUUUGAGAGAAUAUUUAGAAUCUGAACUUCAGAAAAGGUAUAAAGAAGCCGCACCAGCAACUCUUGCUUUGCUUGAGCAGCGAUGCAGUGAUGUCACCUCUGAACUAGACAAGAUGGACUCAAAAAUACAGGCCACCUCUGAUGUUUCUCAGCUUAGGAGAUCUGCAAUGUUGUACGCAGCUUCUAUAAGCAAUCAUGUGGCAACUUUGAUUGAUGGAGCAGCAGACCCUGCCCCUGAGCAAUGGGGGAAAACAACUUUUGAGGAGCAGUCAGAAAGUGGUAUUGGGGGAUGGCCUGGCGUCACAGCAGAUAUAAUGCCUCCCAAUGCUACUCUUCGACUUUAUGGAGGAGCUGCAUUUGAAAGGGUGAUGCACGAAUUUCACUGUGCUGCAUAUUCAAUUCAAUGCCCUCCAGUGUCCAGGGAGAAGGUGGCAAAUAUACUACUUGCCCAUGCUAGCCGAGGUGGGGGUAGAGGAGUAACAGAGGCAGCUGCAGAGAUUGCACGUGCUGCUGCCCGAUCAUGGCUUGCUCCUCUUCUUGACACUGCUUGUGAUCGGCUUGCUUUUGUUUUGGGAAAUCUCUUUGAUCUUGCUCUAGAACGAACUCGCAACCGUGAGUUAGAAUGUGGGAGGAAAUCAGGAAAUAUGGAUGGAUAUAUUGGUUUUCAUGCCGCUCUUAGGCAGGCAUACACUCGCUUUAUAAAGGAUCUUGGUAAACAGUGCAAGCAACUCGUUAGGCACCAUCUUGAUUCAGUUACAAGUCCAUACUCAUUGGUUUGCUACGAGAAUGACUGUCAAGGAGGUUUUGGCUCCAGUGCAUCCUCUUCUUUCAAAUUCAACCAGUCUUCUGUCAAUUCAUUUUUACUUGAGUUAUCCGAUGCCACGAUGAAAGAUCAAGAGAAUAUACCUCCAGAAAAGAAUGCACAGCAAACAACUCCAGGAAAAGCUGCAGAGGCUAGAGAUGCUCUUCGAGAAAGCCAAAUUACUGUGCCUGAGACUCCAUCCCCUGAUCAGCCAUGUGCUGGUGGUGCAAAGAAGGAUCUUGGAAAUGGCAUUGACAUGGGAGGAAGAAAGCGCCUGUCAAGAAUGACAGGCAAUAGCAGAAAUCCUGACAAUACAAGUGCACAAAAUGGUGGUUCCUUUUUUUUUGGAAAUGCUGCUGAUGGCCUUUUAAGAUCAGGCUCGGCUUAUACAGAAAUAUGUUCAUCAGCUGCACAGCAUUUUGCACGGAUACGUGAAGUUCUUGUUGAGAGAAAUGUGGCAUCGGCUUUGAAUUCUGGAUUCCUAACCCCUUGUCGGGAUCGGCUUGUUCUGGCAAUUGGUUUGGAUUUGUUUGCCGUGAAUGACGAGAGAUUCAUGGACAUGUUCAUCGUACCGGGUGCCAUCGAUGUACUGCAGAAUGAGCGGCAAUCGCUUCAAAAGCGUCAAAAGAUACUCCAAUCUUGUUUGAAUGAGUUUAAAAGUGUUGCCCGCGCACUUUGA